CCCUAAAACAUGUUCAUGUUUGUAAACUUGUGGAUAAAGUGAAUUUUAGUUUGGAUGAAAGUAAAAAGUGUAUAAAGUGUUUCUCAGACCAAAUGUAUUGUCAGAAGCUUGACAAACGAUUCGCCGCCGAAGGGAUGUGGUUUCUUUGCAUUGUGAUAUUGAUAUUUACGACAGAUUUGACCCUUGCAGAUGCGUCAGUUUUCGGCAGCAUAAACAACAGUCCAGAAGACGAAGGACGUGCCACAGUUGAUGGUGUGAGAUCAUUGGAUUUCGUUGACACAAAAGUCGUCCCCAGUUACACCGACCGUGGGCAAAGCCGAGAUUAUGGCAGGAAGGAAGGAAUGGAAAUGGAAGCGGACGUUUUCAGUAAAUUGAAGCAUUUGCCUAUGCACAACUGGGAAAACAACCCAAGCUUGUCGAUCGCGCCAUCGGCGUUUGACAUAGCGGAGCUACAAAGGUCGCUGGCAACGGUUCUACAGGUGCUUCGUCCCUUCGAGCUUCGACAGAAGCCAGCAGGUAACGGCCCCACUGCCGCCAAUUUCUUGCUCCACGGAAAGCUGGUCGAGAUAGGACCCGGAUUUCAGGGAUCUGUGCACGAGCCGUUGGCAAAGGAUCGUGAAACUGUGCUGGCGGACAACGCAGUUCCGGUUGGCCAAAAGCGAGCUGCGGCCCUGCGUUCAACCGUCGCCCGUCGUUCCCACAUUCUGCCUACGGUGACCGGAAACGGCGGUGGGAGCAGCGAGGACACCAGCUUCAUGCCGUCUAUCAGUGUUGGAGCGCUGACGAACUUGGGAGAUUUCUUUCAGAACCUCAAACAGAACCUGGAAUCGUUGGAAUCGAAAAACCUCAACCACGAGCAGGUGAAGCUUCUGGAGGGACAGAACAUGAUCAGCCAUCUUCGUAAAGAGUUUGUCGAGGACUAUCCAAAGCCGGCGGGCAGUGCCGCUUUCCUGCACGCAAUCCGGAACUACCGACCAUCGCAUCGGAUCCGGGCGCUGGUGUCCACCGUUCCGGAGCUCUACCGUGGAACCAACUAUCACGAUCCCGUCUACAUGCUUGCCGGGCUCGGAAAAUGAGCUACCCACCGACCAUUAUGCGGCCGCCGCACUUAAUGCUGCUAGCGCCAUGCUAAGCGGCCAGCUUCCGGCCAGCUAGGACUACAUCGUCCGUCACCAACAGCGGCGAUCGUUUCUGGGAGAGGUUUGCUUUUGCCUCGCGCUGCCCGGUUCACGGCCAGCGAUUGUUUUCUGUUCACUAACUCAACCUAGCCCGAGGAAUAUUCUGUGUCCCGCACUCUGUUCGUGUUCCAAUUGUAAAUACGUGCCCAGCAGGUGGUUAGCUUUCUAAACUGCAAUCUCCAAUAAUUAUCCAGAACGGCCAUGUAAAGGCUUUGCUGUGUGUAUGUGUGUGAUAAUAAAAUGCCACAAGAGUCACAAUUUAAUCGAAGUGAAUUUGCCCUACUUCAGAAUAGUGAGAUAUGUUUGCUGGAGAGAAAGGAACAAAAACCGGAGGUUAACAAGACAACAUACAAGCACGGCUUUUGCGUCAUCAAAGAGCACACAAUUAAGGCAACAUAUAAAUCAAUGUACGCAAAAGCAUAAUUACUCAAUCCGAACAAUGAAAGUUUGAAUAUUACAUGUCAAUAAACUAUUCCGUGGUUCGC